AACGCUGUGUUAUUGUGCGAGGUUGUUAACAUGAGAGCCGUAUUCCAUAUCCUGUCCGUGCUGUGCCUGGUGGUGGCUGCUGUCCACUCGUUCGAGGAUAUUGCACCCUUCAAAAGCUAUCCGGCCAAUUGCAAGGAUGCCAAGGCCAAGAAAAAUGGCAUCUAUAAGAUACAAAUAAAAGGCAGUGAGCCCUUCAACGUUUAUUGUGAUGCCAAACUGAACGGCACCGGCUGGUUGGUAAUCCAGCGACGUGUUGAUGCCAACAUUAACUUCUUCCGCAAUUGGUCCGCCUAUCAGCAAGGCUUUGGAGAUCUGGAGGGAAGUUUCUUCAUUGGCCUGAAUAAGUUGAAUGCCCUGACUGCAGCAACGGCCAAUGAAUUGUAUGUUUAUCUCGAGGACUUCCAUGGUCAAAGUCGUUUUGCCAGAUACGACACGUUUGCCGUUGGCAACGAAGCCAAUCGCUAUGGCCUAAAUACACUUGGAUGGUAUUCCGGCAAUGCUGGCGAUUCGCUCAGAUAUCAGCAAUACAUGAAGUUCAGCACCUACGACAUGGACAAUGACAAUAGCACUAUCAACUGUGCCGCACAGUACUCCGGUGCCUGGUGGUACAACAGUUGCAUGUAUAGCAAUCUGAAUGGACAAUACUUGGGAGGCGAGUAUGGACAAGCUCUUGCGGGCCGUGGCAACAGCUGGGCAACUUGGCUAGGAAUCAAUUAUGCGUACAAGACCGUGCAAAUGAUGAUCCGACCAUUGAAAUAGAUAUAUUUUUAUAUAUAUAUAUUCCACUUCUCAACUCUUACUUUUAAGAUUACAAUAGAUCUGCUUCUGUACGCACAAA